AUGAAUCUAUCUAUCUAUCUAUCUAUCUAUAUCUAUCUAUCUAUCUAUCGCGUUCAUAUCUAUCUCAAUCUCUUCAUAUAUUAUCCUUCUAUCUAUCGAUCGAUCUCAAUCUGUUCUCCAUCUAUAUAUCUAUCUAUUCAUUCAUCUAUCUAUCGAUCUCAUUUUCUUCUUUCUUUUUCUUUGUUUUCUUUUUUCGUCUUCGUUUUUCUUUCUCCUUUUCUUUUUGAUUCUUCUUUUUUUCACGUGUUUUCUUUUUCUUCCUGUCUUAUUUAUUUUUCUUUCUUUUUUCUCUUUCUUUUUUAUCCCUUUUCUUUCUUUUUUUCUCUUUCUUUUUUAUCCCUUUUCUUUCUUUUUUUCUCUUUCUUUUUUAUCCCUUUUCUUUCUUUUUUUCUCUUUCUUUUUUAUCCCUUUUCUUUCUUUUUUUCUUCUUCAUUUUUUCUCCUUUAUUCUUUUUUUUAUUUUUUCUUCUUUCUACUUUUUUCUUAUUCUUUUUUCACAAUUUUUUUCUUCUUUGUCUUUCUUCAUUUUCUUUAUUUUUUCUUCAUUUUUCUUUCGUCUUUCUUAUUCUUUUUCUUCUUUCUUGCUUUUUCUCCUCUUUCUUCAUUUUUCUUUCUCCUUUUCUUUUUGAUUCUUCAUUUUUUCACCUGUUUUCUUUUUCUUUCUGUCUUAUUUGUUUUUCUUUCUUUCUCUUUCUUUUUUAUCCCUUGUCUUUCUUUUUCUUUUUCAUUUUUUCUUUCUCCUUUAUUCCUUUUCUUAUUUUUACUUUUCUUCUUUUCUUUUUUCUUUCACAUUUUUCUUUUUUCUUCUUUUUCUUUCUUCAUUUUCUUAAUUUUUCUUCAUUUUUUCUUCUUUUUUCUUCUUUUUUUACUUUUUCUCCUUUUUCUUUUUUCUUUCUUUAUGUUUCUUUUCCUUUUCUUUCGUCUUUUUUCUUCGUUUUCUUUCUUUUUUCUUCAUUUUCUUUCUUUUUUCUUCAUUUUCUUUCUUUUUUCUUGUUUUAUUUUUUCUUUGUUUUCUUCUUUUUUCUUUGUUUUCUUUCUUCUUUUUUUCUUUCUUCUUUUUUCUUUCUUCUUUCUUUAUUCAAAAUCUGUUCCAAAUUCCUCGUUUAGCAUGAACCGUUGA